GCUGGGUCAACACGCGCGCCCACCAUAAUCUCCAGAUCUCAAAACCACAAACCCAUAAGUCGGAAAAUUUUUCCACCAAAUCUCACGGCUUGUUUGUAGAAUUUAUUAAAACAGAUGUUACCAUCGGUUGAAUUCAUCAAGACUCCUCCUCAGGGGCCAAUUGCCCCUCCUUCUGACAAAUAUGGUGUUAAAACCACCAAUAGUCCCACCAUUCAUAACGCUCCUUUACCAGCUGAUGGUCCAGGAGCAAAGCACUUUUCUAAUUUGGUGUUAGCAGGUCUUUUGAUUGGUGUUCCAUGGUUCAUCGUCAGAAAGAUUGGGUUAGGCUUCAAGACCUGGUUGGUGUUGUUUUUGUUAUUUGGUCUUCCUAUUUUAAUGGCGUACUGGACAGUUAUGUCUACGUAUUCCCCUAGAUUGAACGAAAAGGUUAAAUUCCCAAACAAACCCGUAGGUGAUUAUUUGGAGUUCCACACUGAGCAAUUGGAGAACAAGUAUGUCAAGUCCAACAAUGGCAAGGGCACGAAAAUCCCCAUGGAAACGUUCCAUGAAUUGUACUUUGAUGGUAAGGUUAGUUUUAAAGGUGAUUGCUUGGACGUGUUGGAGUUCAGACACGAUUGGUGUAGCUUUUCCUUCACCUUGUCAUUGUUCCGGUUCUUCUUGUUGGGAAUGAUUCCCGAGGUGAUCAUGCACUCCAAAUCGCAGGAUGAAGAGCAGGUCAGAGAUCAUUAUGAUAGAGGUGACGAUUUCUACACCUGGUUCUUGGGUCCCAGAAUGAUCUACACCAGUGGGGUUAUUAGCGACAUCACCAAGGAAGAAACCUUGGAACAGUUGCAAGAUAACAAGUUAAAGACGGUUGCAGAAAAGAUUCAAUUGGCUAAAGGCGAACAGGUUUUGGACUUGGGAUGCGGCUGGGGUACCUGGGCCACCUACGCGUCCUCCCAAUAUGGAGCUCACGUCACCGGAAUCACAUUGGGAAGAAACCAAACCAAAUGGGGUACUUCAUUGUUGUCUCAGUACGGAGUUGACUCGAGCCAAUCUGAAAUUGUUUGCUGUGAUUAUAGAGAUGCUCCCAAAUCGAAGAAAUCGAAUGGAAAAUAUGAUAAAAUCACCUGUUUGGAAAUGGCUGAACAUGUGGGGGUCAGAAGAUUCGGUGCAUUUCUUAAACAGGUCUACGAUUCCUUGGAGGAUGACGGAUUAUUCUUUUUGCAAUAUGCGGGUUUAAGAAAGUCCUGGCAAUACGAAGACUUGGUAUGGGGAUUGUUCAUGAACAAGUACAUUUUCCCUGGAGCUGAUGCAUCCACCCCAUUGUCAUUUGUGAUCACCAGUUUGGAAUCCACUGGGUUUGAAGUGGUGUCGUUUGAUAACAUCGGAGUUCAUUACUCGGCCACUUUGUGGAGAUGGUACAGAAACUGGAUCGGUAACAAGGCCAAGGUGUUGGACAAGUAUGGAAUCAGAUGGUUCAGAAUUUGGGAGUACUUUUUGGCUUCUUCCGUCAUCACCUCAAGACAAGGAGGUGCUUCUUGUUACCAGAUUGUGAUGAGAAAGAACUUGAACUCGUACCACCGGGUCAACUAUAUCCCCAAGCAAGACGGGGUUUUGGGUCCGGUUUCCAGAGGCACUAAAUGGGCCCAAUGAUACCUUAGCUGUUGUAAAUAGCAAUAAACACCAGAAUCCG